CUCUCUUCCCCUGCCCUCUCUUCUGCGGCUCUAAGCUUCCCGAAUGUUCAGCGGGGAGGGAAGUGGUGCAGACCUCUGGGCUGCCAAAUGCUAGGGACACCAGCAGGAGAAACUCCCAUCACUUGCGGCUUGUCAGGCUGCAAAAAGGCCCCACCCUGCUUCUGCAGGUCCCCCUCUAGCAGGAGAAGCACGUCCCAUUCUGCUUAGGGCAGCUCUCCAGGUUGCUAGCUCUCUGUUCUGUUCCCCGCCUCUUUGCGGCUCUGCAGUUACCAGCAGCAGACUCACGCCUGGCUGUUGCAGGAUGGAUUUCGCUACCGCACUGCUAUGUGGAUAUUUGUUAGCAAUGACGGAUGUGGAAACUACGUAUGCAGAUUUUAUUGCUUCGGGAAGAACUGGUAGAAGGAAUGCCAUCCACGAUAUCAUCGUGACUUCUUCGACCACCAACACCACUGAUGUCUCCCUUAAGCUUUCGGACCUUGAUAUCAACAAGCCUGAAGGAGAAGGAGAUGGGCAGAAAAAUCCACCUGAGCAAGGAGAGAACCAGGGGGGAGCACCCAAGCAAGAUAGCUAAUGUCUCCCCUGGCCCUACAGACACAGCUGCUGAUGUUCUCACCCUUCAAGGCCUGACUGGAAUGCAUGUAUUUCCAUAAGUAAGAGGAGAGGAAAGAAAAAAUGGCUGUUCUGCAUUGCUGAAACCUGCUUGUUGUCCUAUUAAAAAUGGGGACACAGGCUGAAGCAGCUGCAGACAGACUUUUCUCUACCUCUGUCAUUAGCAGUGGUUGAAUUGGCAUGGCUAAGCUUGGGACAUCUCCAUCGGAUGGAUCCUUUCACCUGAUCCCAUGAUGAAAUGCUUGUUUGUAGAGAGUAGCACGAACAGAUGAUGAUUCUUCUUGUAGUAAAAUGGCCCCUCAUAAUGUCAGAGGAUUUAAUUGUGUUUAUUUGAAAGGGUUAAAGUGAUCCUCAGAGCUUAAAAAAAAUCUCUGGCCAAAGUUUUCUCCCAGUAAAAAAGAAUCAUAAAGAAAGUACUGUUUUUAGAACCAUGUAUUUGUGUUUUACAGCUCUGUUAUUUACAAUGUUUUUGUAUUAUAUGAUUUAGAUGCUCAACACUGCCCCCCUUGCUUAUGGAAAAAAAAAAAAAAUUAUGUUACUGUGAAUUUUUCUACCACUUACUUUUUAAAGGAGUCUCUCUCUCUCUCUACCACUUACUUUUGAAAGGAUUCUCUCUCUCUUUCUUUUUCUCUUCUUUUUCUCCUUCCCUCCCCUUCUCUCUCUCUUUCUCCUUCUCUCACACUCUGUUCCUUUUUCUCUUUCCCGAAAUAUACUGUUGUGGUGUGCACAUGAUAAAUUAAAAUGUCACCUCCUAAAUUGAACAGGCCUAAUACUAACUCAGCAACAUUUUCUUGUAUUAUUACAUUGUUACACAGGCCUCCUAAAUGAUUCAUUAAUGUGAAUAUUAACUUAAACUGCAAUGUUUAUGGUGCCCCAUCAUGUUUGAAAUAGCUACUUUGCUUGCCCCUUGCUGUUCGUUCAGAAAUUGGGAAUCAAUAUGUCAAUUCACGUUAUUCUCUCAGAUUCAGGAGCUUUUAAAACUUGAGUUUUUUUGGAUCACUUUUAAGCUUUUGAGAGGGAAAAAGAGAGGGGAAAAAGUCAUUCCAAAAAUUGGAAAUGUAUCUUUCUGGAGGACCUAAUUUUCUGUUGCUAAAGUAUAGAUUUGUGCUACUGCUUUGAUUUGGGAGGAAAACCCACCUCCCAGUGUAAAGAUGAAAAAAAAUGGAGAAAUGAUCCCAUCAUAAUCAUGUGGACACUAAUCACAUAAGUAAAGCCCUGCUGUUUGGGGUUUGUUUGGUUUGUUUUUUUCUUUUGGUUUCAUUUUGAUUUUUAAAUUGUUAAGAUAAAGUGGUGUCUUUUUUUCAGGCCUCAAUGGCUUCAGAUGUUAUUAUGCACUUUUUAAUGUUUGUAAACUUUUACUAAUAACUAGUGUGAUUGCUUUCUGGUAUGUAAUAAUCAUCAUUAUUGGGUUAACAAAACUUCUCUAAUACCGUUUAUGGCCCCUGCUGUGUUUCUACAGUACAUAUCAUGGUGCUUGUCACAUGGACGUUUUCUGUGAGAUGUGUAACCCUUCUGGUCAGUAUUAUACAAUCAUUUAUUAGUGGUUAAUAAAUAAGAAACCAGCAGUAUGACUCUGGUUCAUGAAUGACUGGAAAAAAUGACAGGCAGCUGGAAGUACUGUAUCAAUAAAAAAAAUCUAUUUAACCUUCACUUCA